AUGACGGAGAAGUACGAGGCGGCCGCCUCGACAUUGGACCCCAGUGCGUGUAACCCGGCUGUGGAGAGCCGAAGGAAGCGAACACUGGGCAAUGUUCGGUUGAUGCAUCACGAUACAAACGCCAUGAUUCUGGUACCAACGCCGUCAUCAGAUCCCAAUGACCCAUUGAAUUGGCCAAGGUGGAAAAAGAAUUACAUUGCGGUAGUUCUCUGCAUCGCCAUCGCCAUGUGUAACUUUCUUGCGGCUGGCCCAACUAUUGCCAUUGUCGAUACCGCUAUUGACUUCUUCCCCGAUGCUAUGAAGACCAAUUCCCUAACGACUUACGCCAUUCCCAAGGUGGCGUACUUCUUCACUACCACUGCCCUGCUUCAGGGAACCGGAAAUCUCUUCUGGGUACCAAUGGCCAACAAAUGGGGGCGUCGACCGGUGUACAUCUUCAGCUACCUCAUCUACUUUGGAACUUCAGUCUGGCUCAUCUUCGACAAAUCGUACGGCGGCUUCCUCGCGGCAAGAAUUUUGAUGGGGUUUGGUGCAGGCGCGGCAGAAACGAUUGCGCCAAUUUCCAUUGCUGACGUCUUCUUCCUCCAUCAGAGAGGACGCAUCAUGUCGUUGUAUACUUGCUUCCUGUCUAUUGGCGUUGCCGGUGGGUUGGUAAUCUCCGGCCUGAUCACUAUUAACCACACUUGGCGGACAAUUUACCAAGUCGGCUCUGCUCUCGUUGGAUUUGUUCUCCUGCUGGCCAUUUUCACGCUUCCCGAGACCGCCUAUCCUCGAGAAAAGGUCGUUGAUACACACUCCGCGGGUCCGACUGACGAGAAUCGAUCUCGUGGCUCCUCAUCAUCUGAAGUGGAAACAGGUUCCAAGACUGUCCCCAAGAAGCGCACAUACCUCCAGUCACUCAAGAUCUUCUGUGGAACUCUGACCGAGGAGAAUUUCUUUCAAAUGGUGAUUCGUCCUUUCGGACUCAUUCUGCUGCCGCCUGUUCUUUGGGCUGCUCUUGUUCAAGCAGCUACAAUUGGAUUCCUGGUCGCCGUGACAUCCAACGUUGACCCAGCCUUUGAGCAGACGUAUUAUUUCAAGCCGUAUCAAGUAGGAUUGUGCUUCAUAUCUGCCAUUAUUGGGUCGUUGCUCGGCAUCCCGGCCGGGGGGCAUUUUGGCGAUAUUGUGGCGGACCAUCUUACCAAACGAAACGGUGGAAUCCGCGAGCCCGAGAUGCGACUCCCAGCUGUUUCGUUGUCUGUCUUAACAUCCCCGCUGGCGCUCGUCCUGUACGGAGUCGGUAUUGAACACAAGCUGCAUUGGAUAUGUCCGACAAUAGGGCUAGGUCUUUUGAACUUUUCCAUCACCCAAGCCACAAAUAUUUGCUUGGUGUACGUCAUCGACGCAUAUCGACCAGUUGCAGGCGAAGUCACCCUGGCUGUAAUGGGGUUCAAAUCUCUCUUUGGUUUCUUGUUGUCAUUUGAGACAAAUCCUUGGAUCAACGCGAGCGGCUACCAAAACGCAUAUGGGGCCAUGGCUGGUAUUUCCGCAGGCGUUCUCAUCUUGUGGAUUCCUUUAUACUUCUGGGGCAAGAAGAUCAGACAUGCGACUUGGAAGUGGAGGGUGUUGUCGUUUAUACAUUGGAAUGACGAUCGUGAGGUAGGAGAAUAG